AUGGAAGAAGAACCCAAAAUAAACUCAUUUGACAUGAUAAAAGAACUCCACGAAGAGCACAAAUCUCCUUUCGAAAACUCAGAAAUCGAAGAAAUGCAGAAAAAGCUUAAAAUCUCCAGAAAAAAGCAAGAAGACUUUAAAUAUAAAAGCGUGCUAAGCCAAGAGCUUAUGCAAGAACUUAAGCAAAAGUUCCAAAACUCGUUGAACAAGCUGAACAGCAUAGACACUCGUGAUGUGGCUACCAGAGAAGUUCGGCUUUUAAUUGAGAGAAACAGUUCAAUGGAAGCAUUAAAAAUUUAUAUAGGCUGCUUAAGUGAACACAGAAAAGCCAAAAGUCCUUUGGCAAGAGAACAAGAAGUACUAUUGCUAGGGUAUAUAAGCCAGGUAUAUGAAGAUAGGCUUAUUGAGGACAAAAACAGCCCUUUGAGGAUACUGGUUAGGCUUGCUGAGAUAAUUCAGAUGUAUUUUAAAGAUUUAAAUAGAAAAGUCCAUGAAGCUGCAGCUAUUUCUAUGUGUAUGAUAUAUACAAAGCCAUAUAAAUUUUCAUUAUAAAUAUAAUAAAAUUAAUGAUUAUCAAUUAAUUUUAAAAAUAAUACAAAUUUUCCCUCCCCAAAAAUUCACAACAAAUAGUGUUUACCUUCAUGUUUGAGCCUUUAAAUAGCAUUUUAUUAUCAGGAAUUGACGUCCAAGCUCAGCAAGCAGCAGCUUUAGUGAUUUUUAAAUGGGCCGAAUUAUUAGUUCAAGAAAAAGAUAUAGAAAUUUUAUAUGAACUUUUACAGAGGACUAUUGGGCUAUUUCUGAAACUAAGAGCUGAUUUUGCAGAUUUAGUCAGUGCUAUAGGACUUAUGAUAGAAACUAUAGGUUUUCAGGCUAUAACAGAAAGUAUAAUACUACUGCUAAGCAAGCUGAUACAGUAUUUAAAAUGUACAAGCAAUUAUGGACAUUUAUUGAAAAUUGAAGCCUGCCGCUUAUUGUACUUCAUUUCUGUAUAUUUAAGAGAAAAUGGCGGAUUUGAGCUAGAACAAGUCUUUUUUGACGUAAUAAAUGCCCUAAAAGAUGUCAGGACUGACAAAUUGCCAUUAGUCCAAACUUCUGCGAGAGAAGCUUUAAAGGGCUGAGAACUCCUAAUUUCUGAGCCCAAAAUUUUAAAAAAAUCAGAUCUAAAAGACAGCAUUGAAUUGCCACAAAUAAAGCAGCAACCAAAAUCAAUUUUUCCGAACCAUUUCAAAAAUAUUCGAAAUUUAGUAAAAAUCCAAAAAGAAAAAUCCCAAAAAGCAAAUUUUCCUAUAGUUGAAAAAGGCCAAAAAUGAGGAAUUUCAAAGCAUGGGUUUCUUAAAAGAGGGUCAGGACAAUUUUCAUAUAUUGAGUCUGAAGGGGUAGUCGAUAUAAAUAGAGCCUUAGAUAAAAGGCCAAGCGUAAAAGAAUAUUUACAAAAAAGGAUAAAUUCAGCCCCGCCAAGAGAAAGUGUUGAAAUUUUAUUUAAAAAAGACCAUCAGUUAAGUGUGUAUAAAAGACAUGAAGCUAUCCAGGAAGAAAACAUGGACUUAUUUGUGGAGGAAAAAAUAGCUGGCGAUGAAAGAGUAGCUCCAUGGAAAAAAGAAGAAGAAAAUAAAUUCGAAAAACCGAUAGAAUCGGGAAAUAAUUUAAAAAAUAGUGGAGAAUUUAUUAUAAGGAAAAAAACUGUGCCUAAAGUACCGGCUACGUUAACUGGGGAAGAAAAUCCAAAGGAGCCACAAGAGGUUUAUUUUUUGCAUGAAAGGCAAGAGUCUCAGUUUGUGAGCCCUGAUGGGUAUCAAAAAAUGAAGUCACAAAAUUCAAUUUCAGAAUUCAAGCCAACUCCAAGCUCCUUGUUAACACAUUCAGUUGAGCUGAAAAGCAGUUUAGAUGGAGACAGCAAGCUAAAAAAUCCUCAAGUUACUCCAGAUAGUUCUAUUUCAUAUAGUAAAUCUGAUAUAAAAGAAAAAAUUGACAGCAGAUCAGCUAAAGAAAGCAGUCAAGAACUAGAAAAAAAACCAUUAAAAAAUGAAAUAAAUGUAAAAGAAAGCCUAAGUUCUCCUAGAUCAGUGAACCUAGAAUCUAUUAAAAAAGCAAAUCCUGAUACAGGCUUGAGAGCUAUUAAGUUUGAAGAUCCACCUAUGCAUUAGCAUUAACAUUAGACUUAGGUAUUUAAAGUGUUUGCCCUCUUCAGCAGGAUGAUAUAGGCAUCGCCCACCCUUUUUAACUCCAAACUGGUGACGUCACCAGUCUGGCCCAGAAGGUACCGCACUGGUCGCGCUGAUCUCGCUCAUAACUUGACUCCUGCGCGUGUUCCGCCUAAGGGUCACCGUCCUCGGGUGUGUCAAGCAGUAAAACCAUAUGUCCCUUAAAUAUCCUGGACCAAGAGGAAAUACCCUAUGCGAUACUCCAUAUUGGUGUUGCGGAUAAAAGCUCACGUGGAAAACUGAACCCUAUAAUAAUAAAAGCGAGGGAAGGAAGAGUUCUCGAAGAGAGAACUCAUUCCGCACUGAGCCAUUUUAUUAUUAUGAAGAUCCACCUAUACAAAAUGAAGAAAUUGGCUCACAAAUCUCUAGAGAUAAUCAAUUGCCAAUAGAAAAAGCCAAAAUAAAUGCAGGACUAAUAUGAAAAGCUUCAGGCAAUCAAAAUUCAUCAGAAAAAAUUCAGCAAAUCGAGUAUUUUAAACCUGCACCCAAAGCAAAAAAACUGGAAAUACAGCAGCAAAGCCAAAUAUUUAAUUAUAUUCCUAAAAAACAGGAAAAUAAGCAAAAAGAUAAUAGGCAAGCUGCUGAUGGUCUAAAAAACUCAAAAAUAAAAGAAAAUAUAGAAUUUUCCCAACAAUUUAUUGACUCUUUAGAAAAUAUUGAAAAAUUUGAGCUGAAAAAAUCUUUUAUCCACCCUGCUCAAUCCGAUAAUGAAAAUAUAACUAAUUUUAAUGAAGCUUUUAAAAAAAGCUGCUAUGAGCUCCAAGGCCAAAUGGAACAAGAUUUCGAUCUUAUGGCUAAUAAACUUGGCCAAAUUGAAGGAAGAAUCGAUUCAGCUCAAGAAGCCCUUUAUCUUUUAUCAGCUUAUAAUGAAUUAUCUAGCAAAGAAGAAGAAAUUAUCGAAAAAACAAGCCCAAAAGCUAUGUGGACCCAAACGUUAAUAAGCACAGAAAUCCAGACCUCUUUUAUAAAUCAUUAUAAAGAAGAAAACAAGGCAAAAAUUUCUCACAAAAAUUCUUUAAGUAGUCAAAAUUCAAAUAAAUCUAUACAAGUAGAACCUACAGAAUUUUCUAUAGAAAAUAAAAACCCUCAAGAUAUUUUAGCCCGCACAUGAAGCAGCACUAUUAAGAAUUUAGAUGCUAAAAAUGUGAAUACAGCUUAUAAGUCGAUUUUAGACACAGGAGACGAUAUUUAUUUAUUGCGGCUUAUGCAUAAAACAGGCCCAUGUUUGCGAAAAUUUUCAGAAAAUACUGCAAGGGCUGUAUUAAAAAGACUUGGUCUGAUACUAAAUUCCAAUUUUAUUGAAAAUAUUGGCCUUAACUGGAUUCUUGAAAGCAUUGAGCUUGGGCAUAUUAAAAGCAUCUCUUCUGAUGAAAAGGCACAGCUUGUAGAAGCUUUAGACAAAAUGAGCUGUAUAAAUGAUGAAGAAGGCCAAAUGGCAAGUGAGCUAUCUACCUAUAUCCAAGCUGAUAUUUAA